CAGAGCAAAUUCGAUUAAAGAAUAUCAGAAAAGUAUAUGGAAGAUGUAUGUGGUAUCGUUUACGGUUAUUAAAACCCCAGCCAAAUAUUAUUCCUACUGUAAAGAAAAUAGUUCUGCUUGCAGGAUGGGCACUGUUCUUAUUCCUUGCAUACAAGGUUUCCAAAACAGACCGAGAAUAUCAAGAAUACAAUCCUUAUGAAGUAUUAAAUUUGGAUCCCGGGGCAACAGUAGCAGAAAUUAAGAAACAGUAUCGUUUGCUGUCACUUAAAUAUCAUCCAGAUAAAGGAGGUGAUGAAGUUAUGUUCAUGAGGAUAGCCAAAGCUUAUGCAGCUUUAACUGAUGAAGAAUCCCGGAAAAAUUGGGAAGAAUUUGGAAAUCCAGAUGGGCCCCAAGCGACAAGCUUUGGAAUUGCCCUGCCAGCUUGGAUAGUUGACCAGAAGAAUUCAAUUUUGGUUUUACUUGUAUAUGGAUUGGCAUUUAUGGUUAUUCUUCCAGUUGUUGUGGGCUCUUGGUGGUAUCGUUCAAUACGCUAUAGUGGAGACCAGAUUCUAAUACGCACAACACAGAUUUAUACAUACUUUGUUUAUAAAACCCGAAACAUGGAUAUGAAACGCCUCAUCAUGGUUUUGGCUGGAGCUUCUGAAUUUGAUCCUCAGUAUAAUAAAGAUGCCACAAGUAGACCAACAGAUAAUAUUCUGAUACCACAGCUAAUCAGAGAAAUUGGCAGCAUUAAUUUAAAGAAGAACGAGCCUCCGCUCACCUGCCCAUACAGCCUGAAGGCCAGAGUUCUUCUGUUGUCUCAUCUUGCUAGAAUGAAAAUUCCCGAGACCCUUGAAGAAGAUCAGCAGUUUAUGCUGAAAAAGUGCCCUGCCCUCCUUCAAGAAAUGGUUAAUGUAAUCUGCCAACUGAUAAUAAUGGCUCGGAGCCGUGAAGAAAGGGAGUUUCGCGCUCCAACUUUGGCGUCUCUAGAAAACUGCAUGAAACUUUCCCAGAUGGCUGUUCAGGGACUUCAGCAGUUUAAGUCUCCCCUUCUGCAGCUUCCUCACAUUGAAGAAGACAACCUUAGGAGGGUUUCGAAUCAUAAAAAGUAUAAAAUUAAAACGAUCCAGGAUUUGGUGAGUUUAAAAGAAUCAGAUCGUCACAGCCUACUGCAUUUCCUUGAAGAUGAAAAAUAUGAAGAGGUUAUGGCUGUCCUUGGGAGUUUUCCAUAUGUGACCAUGGACAUCAAAUCACAAGUAUUGGAUGAUGAAGAUAGCAACAACAUCACAGUAGGAUCCUUAGUUACAGUGUUGGUUAAGUUGACAAGGCAAACCAUGGCUGUAAGUAGUCUAUUC